AUGGCUGCUGCCCCGGAUGGCCGUAUCAACAAGCCUAUAGAGCAGUGGACCGAAGAAGAGAAGCAGGAGGUGCAAUCCGCCUUCCAGCAUGGCCUCGACACGCUAGAAGAAUACUCGGAGCGCGCGAAGAAGGAUAACAAGGUCAUGUUCGCCAAGGAGCACGCCUUCUGGAUCUCUAACCCAGGAUUCGUCGACAAGAGGCUCCAUGGCACUGAGAGCCCUGAGCACUUCACAUAA